UUCUUCAAAGUGAAACAAAUUUGUAUUUAAAGGUUUUCUCCACUUAUAUAUAUAUGUGUAUAUGGGCACCUCCUCUGCAGAGACUUUGAUCUUCAAGAACAUUCUCUUCAGUUUUCAUUUUAAAGCAAAAUCUCUAGCUUCCACCAUUGAUGAGCUCUGACCCAAAUUUCACUACUUCCCUCUCUCUCUCUCUCUCUCUCUCUCUCUCUCUCUCUCUCUCUCUCUCUCUCUCUCUCUCUCCUUCGGCAAAAGUUCAGUGAAAUCACAACCUGAUUCCUCUGUUUAGCUCUGUUUUGUAACCAAGAUUCAAGAUUUGGUUCACAGAGAAAAGAAAUGGAGAGAACAAGAUCGAACCCGGUUCGGGAUUUACCCGAGACGAUCCAUUCUUUGCUCGGUUUGAAAUCUCAUCUGACUUCAGCUUGGGUUAAAUCCGUAUGCAAGAUCGUCAACAAUGUUUCUUCUUCUUCUGGAAUUGCUUCGACGCCAAAGAAAGAAGAUGAAGAUGAAGACAGCUCUGUUUCUCCUGCACAAUUACAGAGCAUUAAAGAUCAACUCUCUGCACUAACAGUUGAUGUAAAUGAUCAGAACAAACGAAGAAGACAGAUUCUUAACGAGUUCUUGGACCUUAAAGGGAACAUUCGUGUGUUUUGUCGAGUCAAACCCUUAGGAGCCUCCGAGAAACGGAAACCACCGGUUGCUUCGGAUACAAGAAAUGUUAUCAUCAAGUUAACAGAAACCAAGAGAAAAACCUACAACUUCGACAGAGUUUUCCAACCUGAUUCAUCCCAAGAUGAUGUUUUCUUGGAGAUCGAACCUGUAAUCAAAUCGGUUAUAGAUGGCUACAACGCUUGCAUUUUCGCGUAUGGACAAACUGGUACUGGAAAGACUUAUACAAUGGAGGGUAUUCCGAACUCUCCAGGUAUUGUUCCUCGGGCGAUCAAAGGGUUGUUCAAACAAGUCGAGGAAAGCAAUCAUAGAUUUGUAAUCACCUUUAGUAUGCUUGAGAUUUACAUGGGGAAUCUUAAGGACUUGCUUGUUUCUCAAGCAACUAAACCCAUUUCUCCAAUACCUCUAAGUCUUUCGAUUCAUACAGAUGCAAAGGGAGAGGUAGAGAUCGAGAACUUGGUGACUAUUAAAGUGAAGGACUUUGAUGAAGUCUUCAAGUUAUACAAAGUAGGUUGUCGAAACAGAGCUACUGCCUCCACAAACUCUAACUCUGUUUCCAGCAGAUCUCACUGUAUGAUCCGUGUAUCCAUCACUUGUCUUGGUGCUUCUGAGAGACGGCGUGAAACAAACAAGAUUUGGCUAGUGGAUCUUGGAGGAAGUGAGCGUGUGUUGAAAACGAAAGCCAUUGGUCGUCGUUUUGAUGAAGGCAAAGCCAUUAAUCUCUCUUUAUCUGCUCUUGGAGAUGUCAUCAACUCUCUUCAGCACAAGAAUUCUCACAUUCCUUACAGGAACAGCAAGCUCACACAGGUUCUGAAAGACUCUCUCGGGCAAGACUCAAAAACGUUGAUGCUUGUUCAUAUCAGCCCUAAAGAAGAUGAUUUGUGUGAAACAAUAUGUUCUUUAAACUUUGCAACAAGGGCAAAGAACAUCCAUUUAGGGCAGAAUGAAUCAACGGAAGAACAAGAGAGAAAGGAUGCUAUGAUGAUAAGCCUGCAGAAGAAGAUGGAAAAGAUUGAAAAAAAGCGUGAGACAGCGUUAAGGGAGAUGAGAAAUCUAAACCAGACGUUAGAGAAACUCUCAGGUAAGCCUCAUGUUAUUGAAGAAGAAGAGGAGGAUGUGAUUAGAGAAGAGAUCCUAGUGACUCCAAAGAAACCAAAGAACAAAUCAAGACGUGCUUCAGAUGUCUUUCCUAGCUUCAUGAGACCAACAGCUAGCAGCAGAAGACUAUCAGGAGGAGAUUUUAGCGUAAUCCCUAAUGGUUCAGGCUUUAAGUCAAGAAGGAACUCGAUGGCAUCUGUCCGAGCUGAAUCUGUGUGUCUUUCUGUGAAGAAGAACGGGUUUGAUUCUGCCUGUGACUCAUCAGACAGGAGCGUUUCGAAAUCGACUUGCCUAAUGCGUCAAAACACAGCAGAUGAUGCAACAGUUUAUAGUCAGGAUAUAUCUGAAUGUGACAUCAAGUUGGUUGUGUCUGAGCACAAGCCAAAAGUACUGAAGAAGGGGCCUGGAUCAGGGACAAAACCCCGUUCCAAGAUCGGUAACUUUGAGAAAGAUGUGAGGCAGAAGAUGGGAGGAACAGAGUUUUCAAGGAUUAACAGUUGGCUUCAUUCGCAAUCUGGGAACAUGGAUUACGUGCUUGACAAGACUCAACUUCCUGCUACUCCGUUCCCAGAAACACUACACAGAUUAAGCCAAAACAGUGUGCUGGAGGAUCCAUUAACACAGAGUUUUACAACGGAGAAGAUCACUGGAAAUGACUUGUUUGAAAAGUUGGAAGAUACAGAAGAGACAGUGGUUAAACCUACACGGAUGCUUAAAAAUCUGUUUGAGCUGCAAUGUCUCUGUUCUUCUGAAGAAGAGGAUCAGAUUUUGUCCAGAUUCCCAAAUCCUAGUGAUGAAGAUGAUUUCGAGUCUAAAGAAACUGAUGGUUUCAGCCAACACAUAGACAAUGAAUGGUUUGGAGUCAAUCACAAUGUGGAGUGGAAGCGAGAACGCGAAUUGGAUAUCAAACAGCUGUCACCGGAAUCAAGUUUGGAUCGAUCACUCAAACCGAACUCUCAGAGAGGUUUGGCUUUCGUGGAGGAUGUAGCUACACCAUUGCUUAGAGCACAAGAACCCCUAAGAGGAAGAGGAAAAGAUCCAACGUUCAUGCAGAAACUUCAGGCUUUAUGCUUCCGUAUUCUUCUGGGAUUAGGGUUUAUCGAUGUGGGAUAUGACAAUGACUUCUUCGACGGGUUAACCAAGUAAUGACAAGAACAGAUCCAAUUCGUCAUUGAGAAUUUGAGAUCUCCAAAUUUUUUUCAAUAGAAAUUUCAGUAUGGAUUCUUUUUGAAUAAACUCUAAUUUUGUUUAGUGUUUAAUGACUAAAUUAAGUUUUCGAGUAGAAGCCAAUUUUUUUGUUAAAAACAGUCAGUCUUA